UGCAGGCUGGGAGCUCCAGUUCUGCAUUUUCUUACUCAAAAUAAGUUUGAAAAAAUUUCAUGCUUGGCCAUGUAGCAAGUCAUGAUCCUCAUUGCAAUAUUUUUCUUUGUUUCUCUUUUAGUCCUUGCUCCUGAGAAUAUACAGGUUCUGAACUCCAUGGAAAACUCUGUCAGCUGGGAUCCAGUGACUGAUGUGGAUAAUUACCUCCUUACCUAUUAUCCAGCUGGGUAUGAAAUGUUGGUGAAACAAAUCCACGUGCCCAAAGAGCAGCUUGAGAUGGUAAGAUUCCACCCUGGCACCACGUACAAUGUCACACUUCCAUCAUGUGUGAAGGGGAUUGCCAGUGAUCCCAAGUAUCUAGAAGCAAGUACAGUCUGGUCUGCAGUCAAUGCCAUCUGGGUGACAGAGGAGAUGGAGUACUCCCUAGAAAUGGAGUGGGAGAACCUACCAAAAGAUAUGCAUUAUUACAAGCUGAAGUUCAGAUAUCUAGUGGAGGUUGAUGAAAAGCAGGUCAUGAUACCCAAAAGCAAUGACCCUAGGAGCAGAUACAUCCUCAGUGGCCUGAAACCUGGAACAGAACAUGAGGUCGUACCUGUGAAAGACAACACAGAGGAACCAUUCUCAGUGGCUGGCAAGACAGGUAUGUGGAAAGUUGCUUUUACUACAGUGAUGUUUCUACAGGGUUUGGGGACAGAUUUUUCAAAAUUUCAGCACAAAAGGCUCAUGAUUCACUAUUUCUUCAUGCAUGACCUACAGCCAGGUCUGCUUAUACCUUGUCUGAACUUGCCUACAUUGAAAACAAAAAUUUCAAGGGAAGGGUGUGUGUAUUUUUACUCUGCACUUCAUUUCAUAGUAAUGGACAGCCCAAAGAGUCUGGUAACUGACCAAGUGACAGAGGACUCAGCCACCAUCUCCUGGGACAGAGUCCAAGCUCCUAUAGACAGGUGUGUGGUAAGCUGCACUUCUGCUGGUGGGCACACCAAGAAAACAGAAGUGGGGAAGGACAGGAGCAUUACUACCCUUCCAAGACUGAAGCCAGGCAUGAAGUUCACCAUCCAUCUCUGGGCAGAUCUGGGGAGCAAGCAGAGUAAGAAGGCAAGCAGUGACACUCUGACAGAGAUUGAUCUUCCCAAGAACCUCCAUGUUGAUGGUGGACACACAACUAACACCAAAGACAGUGGUGUAGUUACCUGGACUUCUCCUGCAGCACAGAUUGAUGGCUGUUCUCUGACCUACCAGGGUGAAGAUGGUACAAGCAAGGUAUACAAACAACUGUUUGUGCUGCAAGGGCCAGAACAAGGAGUGAGAUACAUUGUUGUGAUGGCCUACAAGGGAAAUCACCAGAGCAGGACAGAGCAUAGCUUCUCAACAGUGAACUGCUAGAGCUUCCUCUACCAGUGUACCAUGGAGUGCAGCCAAGUGCAGCAGAAUAUAAAUGCCUCCAGCAGCAUGUACAUAAUUUACCUGAAUGGGCAUGGCAGCAGGCUGCUACAGGUGUACUGUGACAUGAGCACUGACGGAGGUGGGUGGAUACUGAGUGAGGCUCUGGUGCUCUUCCUGCUUUUUGAUGAAUGUCUUGACAAGCUGCAUGACCUCACAAGCAGCAGCUCCAUCUGCUAGGAGCUCCGUGUAGAUUUGUGGACAGCCGGCAAAUCUGUCUGUGCUGUCUAUGACUUCUUCCAGGUUGCCUCAAGCAGGGAAAGAUACAGGCUGUCAGUGGGGAAUUACAGAGACAAUGCUGGGGGAGUGAGGACCAACCACAGUGUCUGGAAGUUCACAACAUGGGACAGGGAUAAUGAUGUGGCUCUCAGCAGCUGUGUGGUGAUGCACCACGGUGCAUGGUGGUAAAACUGCCACCUGGCCAACCUCAAUGGGAAGCACAGGGAGAGCAACCACAGUGAGAUGAGCAGCAGAGCUGGUGCUGUGAGCUGGGAAUCAUGGAAAGGACAUGAAUUCUCCAUCCCUUUUACAGAGAUGAAGAUCUAUCCUCAGUCUUCCAGUAAUGAGCCAGUUCUGGGGAGGAGGAAGUCUUUAUCAGAGAAGAGGAAAAAGAUCAGGACUCUCUGCAAUACAAUACCCAAACAUAAUGAUUCAGUAUUUCUUAACAAAGUUUGAUUCACAUAGCUUUCUCCAAUACAAAUAGCUGACCAGUGUGCAUCCAGGAAUAUCUGGAUCUGCAGGCCAACCUACUACCAGCUUUUGGAGCUCAUUUAGGUGAUGUUCCAGAGACUAGGAGGGGGCUUGUGGGGGCGUCCUGAUUACAGAUACUCUGGUUGGCUAUGCAUGACAAGAACCUGCUUGAUCUAAUACAUGCAACUUCUAUGAACUUUAUGUAAAACAAUCCUUAACAUAUGUUGUUCUUUCUGAAACUUGGGCUGCAGACUCCUCUUAAUUCUAUCCUUCUCUGGUGCCAUCCACUUCACACUUUCAAAAAUAAAUUUGAACCUACUAACAAACAACAGCCCCCUAAUUUACAUCAGAGCAAACUUUUCUGAGACUAUGAGCUCUCCCUGUUUUGGUCUGCAG